ACGAGACCUUAUCUCUUUCCUCUUCUUCCUCGCAGAUAACAGACGACGCCAACGAUAUAAACAGCGACCUCGGAGGAAUUGCAGGGGAGCCAAGUAGCAGCUGCCGCAUUCUACCGCUCGCCAUGGCCUCCACCACUCUCUCCACCGCCUCCGCCCCAUCUCAGCAGCUCUCCUCGGCUAAAAAUGGCAUCUUUGCGCCGUCGCAGUCGCUCCUGAGCAAGCGGGCGCUCCCCAGUCCGGGGAAGGAGCGGAGGGGGAAGAUCACCUGCCAGGCGACCAGCAUCUCAGCUGACAGAGUGCCGGACAUGGGAAAGAGGCAGCUCAUGAACCUUCUUCUCCUCGGCGCCGUGUCGCUGCCCACCGCGACGAUGCUGGUUCCCUACGCCGCCUUCUUCGUGCCCCCAGGUUCAGGAGGAUCGGGCACUGGAACUGUAGCUAAAGAUGCGCUUGGAAACGAUGUUCUUGCGUCCGCGUGGGUCAAAACUCAUGGCCCUGGUGAUAGAACCCUAACUCAGGGUUUAAAGGGAGACCCUACUUAUCUUGUUGUGGAGGAUAACAAAACUAUUGCAACCUAUGGCAUUAAUGGUGUUUGCACCCAUCUUGGUUGUGUUGUUCCAUGGAAUUCUGCCGAGAAGAAAUUCGUUUGCCCUUGCCAUGGAUCACAGUACAACAGCCAAGGCAGAGUCGUGAGAGGACCCGCGCCUUUGUCUUUGGCUUUGGCGCAUGUUGAUAUCGACGAUGAUAAGGUUAUCUUCGUACCGUGGGUGGAAACAGAUUUUAGAACAGGGGAAGAGCCAUGGUGGGCUUAAGAUGUCAUUGUCGCUUUCAGCUAUGUCUAUAUGCAACUUAAGGGUAUCCAAUUUCGCAUACUAUUUUCAAGAUUUAUUAUGCUUUUCUCACAAGGACUUGUGCCAUUAGCACAAAUGCUGUAACAUCUAAUACUAAACAUGCCUUUCUGCAUUA